AUGGUACUAAAUAUUGAAAAUGAAGUAACCUCUACAACAGAUUUAACUCCACUGAUAGCAGCCGGAGUCAUUGGCGGGCUCUUCAUCCUGGUCAUCAUGGCUCUGACAUUUGCAGUUUACGUCAGAAGAAAAAGUAUCAAAAAGAAACGAGCCUUGAGGCGAUUUCUGGAGACAGAGUUGGUAGAGCCCUUAACCCCCAGUGGCACAGCACCCAAUCAAGCUCAACUGCGCAUUUUGAAGGAAACAGAACUAAAGAGGGUAAAAGUCCUUGGCUCAGGAGCUUUUGGAACCGUUUAUAAGGGUAUUUGGGUGCCUGAAGGUGAAACAGUGAAAAUCCCCGUGGCCAUUAAGAUCCUUAAUGAGACAACUGGCCCCAAAGCCAAUGUUGAGUUCAUGGAUGAAGCCCUGAUCAUGGCAAGCAUGGACCACCCACACCUAGUUCGCUUACUGGGAGUGUGCCUAAGCCCGACUAUCCAGCUGGUUACCCAGCUGAUGCCCCAUGGCUGCCUGCUGGAUUAUGUCCAUGAACACAAGGAUAACAUAGGAUCACAGCUGCUGUUGAAUUGGUGUGUCCAGAUUGCUAAGGUAAGUGCUGUCAUUUGCUGUAACAAUGAUGGAAUGAUGUACCUGGAAGAAAGACGGCUUGUUCAUCGGGAUCUGGCAGCCCGUAACGUCUUAGUAAAAUCCCCAAAUCAUGUGAAAAUCACAGACUUUGGACUAGCCCGACUUCUGGAAGGAGAUGAAAAGGAAUACAAUGCUGAUGGUGGCAAGAUGCCAAUUAAAUGGAUGGCUCUGGAAUGUAUACAUUAUAGGAAAUUCACCCAUCAAAGUGAUGUUUGGAGCUAUGGUGUCACAAUAUGGGAACUGAUGACGUUUGGAGGAAAACCCUAUGAUGGAAUUCCAACCCGAGAAAUCCCAGAUUUAUUAGAGAAAGGAGAGCGUUUGCCUCAACCACCCAUCUGCACAAUUGAUGUUUACAUGGUCAUGGUCAAAUGUUGGAUGAUCGAUGCCGACAGCAGGCCAAAAUUCAAGGAACUGGCUGCUGAGUUUUCCAGGAUGGCUAGAGAUCCUCAAAGAUACCUAGUUAUUCAGGGCGAUGAUCGCAUGAAGCUUCCCAGUCCAAAUGACAGCAAAUUCUUCCAGAAUCUCUUGGAUGAAGAAGAUUUGGAAGACAUGAUGGAUGCUGAGGAAUACUUGGUACCCCAGGCUUUCAACAUCCCUCCUCCCAUCUACACAUCCAGAGCAAGAAUUGACUCCAAUAGGAACCAGUUUGUGUACCAGGAUGGGGGCUUUGCUACACAACAAGGAAUAUCCAUGCCCUAUAGAGCCACAACCAACACUAUACCAGAAGCUCCAGUUGCUCAGGGAGCAACAGCCGAGAUGUUUGACGACUCCUGCUGUAAUGGUACCCUACGCAAGCCAGUGGCACCCCAUGGCCAAGAGGACAGCAGCACACAGAGGUACAGUGCUGACCCCACAGUGUUUGCCCCAGAACGGAACCCACGAGGAGAACUGGAUGAAGAAGGCUACAUGACUCCCAUGCGUGACAAACCCAAACCAGAAUAUCUGAAUCCUGUGGAAGAAAAUCCUUUUGUGUCACGGAGAAAAAAUGGAGACCUGCAAGCUUUAGAUAACCCAGAAUAUCACAGCGCUUCCAGCGGUCCGCCCAAGGCUGAGGAUGAGUAUGUGAAUGAGCCACUCUAUCUCAACACCUUCGCCAACGCCUUGGGGAACGCAGAGUACCUGAAGAACAGCGUACUGUCUGUGCCCGAGAAAGCCAAGAAAGCAUUCGACAACCCCGACUACUGGAACCACAGCCUGCCACCCCGGAGCACGCUUCAGCACCCAGACUACCUGCAGGAAUAUAGCACAAAAUAUUUUUAUAAACAGAACGGACGGAUCCGCCCAAUUGUGGCAGAGAAUCCUGAGUACCUCUCUGAGUUCUCACUGAAGCCAGGCACCAUGCUGCCCCCUCCGCCCUACAGACACCGGAAUACUGUGGUGUGAGCUCAGCUGGGGUCUUUGGCGAAGAGACACGCCCACUCCGUCCCUUCUCCCGCCCCCCAACUUCCUCCUCUUUCUCUGGUGGUCUUCCUUCUCCCAAGGCCAGUAGUUUUGACACUUCCCAAUGGAAGAUAUAGAGACGUAAUGAUAGUUCUAUGCUUACCUAACUUGAACAUUAGAAGGAAAGACUGAAGGAGAAAGAGAGGAGGACACACACUGUUUCUUCGUUUCUUCAUAUGGAUUGGUCCGCAGAGUGUCAGAGCUAAAGAAAGCCUAGGAUAUAUAGGGUAAUACUGCCUGCUAAGAGUCCCAGCUUCGUUCCCUUUGCACUCUUUCUCUCUCCCUCCUACUUCCUUCCCUUUCUUCUGUCAAUGCAGGUGAUUGAAGGCCCAGUCUCAAUUCUCAUCUGCAACCACAGACUUGUGCACAUUCAGCAUCUCUAAACUCAUAUGAAGGCUUCCAUUAGAACAAAGGGGUAAACAUUUGAAUGCCACUUGAUAGUAACUGAGAUUGAGGAGCCAAUUUCCUUCUCCAAUAGCUUCUUUCCUGGCAAGUAAGAAUGUUCAACCCAGCUUCCAUAAUUUUUAAAUCUCCAUUAUAGUUAUAACUAGUAAUUAUGUUUAGAAGGCCUCUCUGGUGUUCUCAUUUUGGUUUACUUUGGCCUGUUCCUUUAUAUUAAUUUCUCCCCUAUUUUGGGCUUCUGCAAAGAAGAUAUUUACAUAAAAGCUUCUUGACAGAGUUAAAACACACACACACACACACACAGAAAUUAUAUAAUGUAGAGGCCAAGAUACUAGUAAAAAUAGCAUCAAAUCUAGGUUUCCUAUUUCACCCUACUGAAUUUAUUUUUCCCUCUCAUUUUUCAUUCUUUAGCAUUUUAUUCUUCGCCAUAAAUGAUUGUCUUUGAUAGGCAGUGGUAAUCUUAAGAGUAGAAGGGACGCUAAGAAACAGUUCUGUGUGGUUCAAAAAACUACUGAUACUUUCAGGGGUGGUCCCAUGGGGAUCCAUGCAGUGGAAGAAACACUGGAUUGGGUAUGUCUACAUGGAAGGUACUCAGAAAUGUAGUUUGCACUGAAGCUCUAAUUUGAUUUGCUCUUAUACUGAACUCCUCUUUGGAUUUUGAAUGAAGCAAUAUGGAAGCAACCAGCAGAUUAACUAAUUUAAGUACAUUUUUUAAAAACGGAUCUAAGAUAAAUACAGACUGUGGAAAUGCCAAACAAGCCAACUAGGACUUUGGAACAGUACCCAGGGAUUGUGGUGAGAGGGCCAGCACAUUAUCUUCAUACUACAUGACAUUUGCUGUGUGAGGAAGUAUGUUAAGUUUGUACUCUCUGUGUGAAGGAAUGCAAGUUAAGGUCUGGCUUGAAUCCCAUGGAAUUUCUAGUACGAAACUCUGUUUAUAUUGAGUAGAAGGUAGCUUAACUCUUCACACCUAAGUUGCUAUGAUUAAAAACAAACCAUAAACAUUUGAAACCUAUGAAGAGCUCCACCAUUAAGUUAAAGGUUGUAAAUAAACAUGAAAACCCUUCUCAUGUAAUCAUUUUAUUUCCCAGUACAUCACUAAUGUAAUAAGUUGUGUAAUAAUUUUUCAUACACUACCAUAAGAUGUCCUGGCUGUAGAACUAUAUCUUUUAGGUUUCAUUUUAAAUAACACCUGUGACAUUAAGAUGAAUGAUGGGGAAAAUUACAAAUGAAUCUCUGGUAAAUAAGGAAGUUUAAUACAUUGCUCUUUUCUACAAAAUUCUUCUCCAAGACAUUUAGAUUUUUAAAUGUUUAUUUCUACUAUUAUUUUAUUAAGAGAAAAUCAGACUCACUGGCCUAAAAAAAAAGUUCAAUUAGAUUAUGAAUCUUUUCGGUAAGACAGCGAGUGCUCAAGAGAGAAAAGUUUUCAAGGAUGUUUGUGUUCCCACCUACUUCAGAAAUGUAAAUCCAUCCAUCCAAAUCUAGAUUUAUUCAAUAGAUAUGAGUUUAAAUCUACUAAAACAGGGGAGCAGUCAGAUAAAUGAAAAAUCAUCUUUGACUUCAAAUUUUAAGUUUAUAUUUAUUUGCAGUGACAUUCUUAUUUCUCCAGGAGUCCAAAGAACCAGGUCACAUUAACUAUUUCUGAAUGACUUCACAGAAAGGAUUUUGGUAAACAUUCUGAAAACUCAUUCGGAUGUAUGUUAAAAAUCCUUUAUACUACUGAAGAUGACAAAUACAAUCACUUCUAUGUUCUUAUCCAGACAUGGACUGGACCAGAAAAACAUCGCAUCACUGGCAAACUGACAUAGCUGGAGUCUUACUGUGAAAUCAGCAGCAAGGGAUGAUCUUUGGCCAAAACCCUUAAAUGUGUUGGUCUUGGCCUCUUCUUAAGCUAAGAGAAGUGAAGCAAACUGAAAGUGGGAGGUAGAGACAGGAGAAGGGUUUAUGAGAUCUUGCCUAUGAAGUCUUCACCACUAAUUUACUCAAGAUAAAGACACAGCAUAAUACAAGGGUCCCAGCUUUAAAGCCCAAAGUCCCCCUAACCCAAUUCAGAAGCAUCUACAGGAAAAGGUACCUUAUAUAGGUCCCUAUCACCUUUGAAGAGUUGAAAGUAAGGCUCUGUUAGUAGAUAAAUCUAUGCCUACCCAUUACUGGCAGCACCCUCGGACUGCUAUAAUGAUCUUUUGUCUUCAUUUAUAAUAUUUUUAUGGCUUCUAGUGAGAGUAAGAAAACAGAAUCUUUUAAUUUGUAAAAGGAACAAGAUCACCUCUGAACUGUUAAAACAAUGGAAACAGAGUGAAUGCUAUUCUCCUUCCUCCUUAAAAGCACAAGAUACGCGGGUCCCCCUGGGGAUAGAUGCAGGUGAAACUGAGAAUGACCGCAAAUGCCAUUUUAUCAUUCCUUCUUAUGACUUUCUAAUAUACGCUUGAUUUCAGUUGUUCUGGUAUUUCUUAUUUGUUUUAGUUUUGACCAUCUACGGGGAAAUUUUUCAAGAGUGGAUUAAAGGGACAAGGUGCAGGGAUAGCAGGGAGGCUUUCAUUUACACAGGAGAUAGCUUGUUUAACCCAGAAAACUGGCAUCAAAAGUUGCCGGUUAAGUCUACAAAUUGCUGUGGAACAUCAGGUGCUAGUCAUCACCAGCACCAAUUAAAAUAUGCAGAAUCAAUUUGUAAGACUGAGUAAAAUUAAUGUUAAAAUUAAGCUUUCUAUAUUGUGUAAAUCCUCAAAUUGUAAUGAUCAUGCUUAUCUCGGGAAAUCCAAGUUUCAGGAAGGGUAUUUUUGUUUGUUUGUUUUUGGUAAAAAUAGUCAUUUAAAGAGGUCAUUCUUAAACAGAGGAGAAAAGAUGUCCUCUAAGUCAGGAGUGGUCCAGAGUCUUAGAAUGCUGCCACUCAAGCAAGGUUGAUAUAACAAACUAGUCCGGGGUUUCCAAAUUACAUUAGUAGCACAUGUUAGGGUGUGGUGCUUCUCUGUAGACACAUUCUUGAAACAGUGUGAAAACACAGCAAAUUUUAAACUAUUAAAAACUCAGUUUUGUAAGUCAGGAAGAAUGACUGACUGACUCUAAGGUGAAAGAAGAAACGGGGGGCAGCUUCCAAGUGAGUCAUUGUCAUGUGCUAUACUUCUGAGAAUUGGCGCAUAUUGUCCAUGGUGGGAAAAGAACAGGAGAAGGACAUGAGGCUUUGAUGAGAGAUGAAGUUGAUAGAUGAUCAGUGUGCUUUCCAAAGUGUCAAAACUAGAAAGAAAAAACAAGUAAUUUUUUUUGCCUGACACAGAAGAAUGUAAAUACAAGAUUCUUUUGAAUAGUCUAACCUUUAUUUUAAAAUAGGAAUUCUUUGUGCAUCUGUAAUUCUUGAUUUUUUUUAACUAGUAUAUGUAGUUCACAAGGUAAUUAAAAAAAAAGAUGACCACUAAAGCAUGUGUAUAACUGGAUACAAUCAUGACAAUGCCAUAAGACGUAGAAUUAGUUAGGUCAUCAAAUGUUAAAUGCUUUUAGGAUUAAGAAGAAAUCAAACUAGAAAAUUAACCAUACAGUAUAAAAUAACAAAAUAAAAUUCAGGCUAUGAAAGCGUAGGGUGGGUUUUGCAUAGUAAAUAAAGCUAAGUUUGCCAUUUGAAAUGGUUGUUGGUUGGGUUUAGCAGAUAGUAGACAUAGUGUGAUUUCAAUUGUGAAAACUUGCUUUAUAGCACUAUGGUCCAUUUUGCUCUUGUUCUCUUAUUCCUUCACCACAUUUUAAGUGUAUUAAGUAUAAAGAGGAUACCGAAAGGACUUGCUUUGUAGACAUCAAAUUGAAGUGCUUUAACAGGAAAAUAAACCACAUGUGAGGCUAAGAGAGCUUCAAAAUGAGUAAAGCAAAUGAAAAGGGUAUGGAUUACCUUUUGCAGUGCAAUCCAAAUAACAAAAUGAGUUAUCAUUUAGAAAACAAACACAGCACAUUUAAUUUGUAACAUGUCUGUUCUUUUCUAACCCUACCUUCUUGCCUACAUAAUUAAUAUGGAACCCAUUACCAAUUUUUCCUUCUUUUUUUGAUAAAUAGAUGCUAAAGCAAGAAUUUUAAACUACUAAAUAGGUGUUCUUUUGGAUUCUAGAUUUUUACCUGUUGGCUCAUUCUGAGGCAAAUGAGAAAUCCAAAAACAUAGCUACUACCAGUUAGAAAGUCAGACAAAUCAACUU